AACCCGUAGUGAACCCGGAAUCUCCGCCUACAGUGCAUGUUUAACCUUUAUAAGUCUACGAGAGGAACCGUGCCUGUCUGUGGGCGGAGGCUGUCUUACGUCAUCGGCGCGCGCGUCGGGUGGCCGCAGAGCAGCGCGACGAGCGGCGGGUCUGGUUAGAGACAUGAACGGGCUGGGCGUUCUCUGCCGGGCGGCGCUGCGGGUCUCCUUCUCCGCCGGCGCCAGGCCGUUGCAUACCGGCUGUUGCCGGCCGUUUUUCGCUCGGGAGCUUUUCUUGGGGAAGAUAGUGAAGGAACAGGUUUUUCCUUAUCCUGAAAUUAGCAAUGAAGAAUUGGGAGAAAUCAACCAGUUUGUGGGACCAGUAGAAAAAUUCUUCCAUGAAGAAGUGGAUUCUAAAAAAAUUGAUCAAGAUGCUAAAAUUCCCCAAGAAACCCUUGAUGGAUUGAAGAACCUGGGGCUUUUUGGCAUGCAGAUUCCAGAAGAAUAUGGUGGUCUUGGUCUUUCAAAUAUAAUGUACGCACGUUUAGGAGAAAUAAUAUCUCAGGAUGGAUCUGUUGCAGUAACUUUAGCAGCACAUCAAGCUAUAGGCCUAAAGGGAAUUCUCAUUGCAGGUACUGAAGAACAAAAGAAAAAAUAUCUACCUAAACUGGCUUCUGGGGAGCACAUUGCAGCAUUUUGUCUCACUGAACCAGGAAGUGGAAGUGAUGCUGCAUCCAUCCAAACCAGGGCCACUUUGAGUGAAGAUGGGAAAAGCUAUAUAUUAAAUGGUUCAAAGAUAUGGAUCUCAAAUGGUGGCAUUGCAGAUAUCUUUACUGUAUUAGCAAGAACUGAGAUUGUUGACAAGGAUGGCACAGUAAAAGACAAAAUCACUGCUUUCAUUGUGGAAAGAGCUUUUGGUGGAAUCACUAAUGGGAAGCCUGAGGACAAGCUUGGCAUUCGUGGAUCUAAUACUUGUGAAGUGCACUUUGAAAACACAAAAGUUCCAAUAGAAAAUGUUAUUGGAGAAGUUGGAGGAGGAUUUAAGGUUGCUAUGAAUAUUUUAAACAGUGGAAGAUUUAGCAUGGGCAGUGGAUGUGCAGGAAUGAUUAAGAAAUUGAUUGAAAUAACAGCACAAUAUGCUUGUACGAGGAAACAGUUUAAUAAGAAGUUGAGUGAAUUUGAAUUAAUUCAGGACAAGUUUGCCCUUAUGGCUCGGAAAGCCUACGUAAUGGAAAGCAUGGCCUAUCUCACUGCAGGAAUGAUGGAUAGGCCUGGGAUAUCAGAUUAUUCUAUUGAAGCAGCCAUGGUUAAAGUGUUUAGUUCUGAAGGUGCAUGGGACUGCGUAAGUGAAGCUUUACAAAUUCUUGGAGGACAUGGUUACAUGAAAGCUUAUCCAUAUGAACGUUAUCUCCGAGAUAGCAGGAUACUUAUGAUUUUUGAGGGAACAAAUGAAGUUCUGCGAAUGUAUAUUGCUUUGACAGGCAUGCAGUAUGCAGGAAAGAUCUUGACUGACCAAAUAAAGGAAAUUAGGAAGGGCAGUUUGGGUCAUACGUUCAAUUUCAUUGUAAACCGGCUUCAAGAUGAGUUUGGUCGAAAAGUAGAUUUUGGUCUUAUGAAUGAAGAUGGGAGAAGUGGAGUGGUGCAUCCCAGUCUGCAUGAAAGUGCCAAGAAGCUUGAAAUGAAUGUUUAUUAUUUUGGAGUAACAGUUGAAGGCUUGCUAAGGAGGUUUGGCAAGACUAUUGUGGAUGAGCAGUUGGUUCUUAAAAGAGUGGCAAACAUGCUCAUUAAUAUAUAUGCAAUGACAGCAGUUAUAUCCAGAGCUAGUCGAUCCAUCACCAUUGGUUUGCGCAAUCAUGAUCAUGAGGUGUUGCUUGCAAACAUUUUCUGCACUGAAGCAUUUUUACAGAAUAAUUAUGCAAGGGCGGAGUUGGAGAAAAAUAAUAUUGAAAAUAUGGAUGACAGUAUUAAAAAAGUGGCCAAGCAGGUGCUAGAGAAAAGAACCUAUGUUUGUUCACAUCCACUUGAUAGAACAUUCUGAUGGUCGGGAAAAUGAUUCCACUGAUGUCUAAAGUGUUCCUACUUUAAUAUACCACUGGAGCCAAAUAUCCCACAGUACAACUGAAUAUAUGAAAACAAGAUCUUCAAGUUUGUCAUUAGGCAAAGUGUAUGACAGACAGAAGUCUUCCGAACAAGACAUGCUUUCCAACAGCUGCAGUGUAAUUUGUUGUAAAAUAAACUAUUUCAUUAUAUAUA